CGGCUCUGGCAGCCAACAGUCGCACCGCAAUCUGCUGGAUAUCGCCCCGCACCCACUCAAGGAACUCUCAAGGAUAAUCGCCCAUUCGAAAUGUACAAGUUCAUCUUCAUCGCCUGCUCUGCCAUGCUGCUCGGCUACGUCCUGGCCCGGCCACAGGACCAGCGUGCUGCUGGACCCGCUGUCACCACCACGACAACAGCGGCCACCAUUGUGAAGCAGGACAAUGUGAACAAUGCCGAUGGCAGCUUCAACAGCAGCUACGAGACGUCCAAUGGAAUACGCGUGGAGAACAUUGGCUACCUCAAGAAGAUCAUCAUACCCAAGACGGAGACAUCCGAUGGCCAGGUGAUCGACGAGCACGAGGAACUGGUCCUGGUCCAGACAGGCUCGUACAGUUACAGCGACCCGGAAGGCAACAUCAUCACCCUGCGCUAUGUGGCCGAUGAGAACGGAUUCCAGCCAGAGGGCGAUCAUCUGCCCGUGGCACCGCAAUAGUUCUGCGGGGAGCCUGCCCGUCCCAUCCUACUUCUGUAUAGUAUAAUAUUUUGCUUGAAAGUAUUAUGCACACUGCCUGAAUGCCAUACGAAAUUGAAAUGUUUUGUGUAAAUCUUACCUUCCGUAGUUAGUCUUAAGCAAACACACACACACACACACACACCCACACACACAGACACCUCACACUCCGACUCGAGAAAUAAAUAUUGGGAACGAUAAUGAAAAUGACAAC